AACUUUUGAUAAAGAAAAUUUUUGGAAAUUUUGAAGUCGAGUGGCGAAGUUUUUUUAAAAUUCACGAAUUAAUUACGAUAAUUUUUCAUUUAAUUUUUUUAUAACGUUAUCUAUGUGUUCUAUUCGACGCACAUACGAUAAAUAACCUUUCCGGAGUGAUUCCUACAUUCGCGAAUGAUGCAACGCGAAGAGAAACAAAUCGAUAUCUCGGUCGAAGCCAUCGUAACAAAGCUGAGCGAUCUCAAGAACCAACUUCACGCUUUACUGUUUAAAAUCGAGCACGAAAACGAAUCAUUAACAUGGCCCAACAUACUGGACAACUUUUUACUCAUAUCCGGCCAAUUCACCGCUAUUUCGAAGAUGCUGGCACCGGACAAAACACCACCGCUACGUAAUCUAACCGUUCUACCUUUACUUUUGAGUCAAGAUAAAGACGAAGAGCUUUUACAACUGACCGAACGACGAAUACCAGCUUUCAGUCACGAAAUAGUGCCGGAUUACUUGCGAACGAAGUUAGACCCGGAUAUCGACAUGAAGAUACAACAGUUCCAAAAUAAAGCUGCUCAGUUAGCAAAUGAACCUUCUCAGAAACAGAUCACCGCUUUCACGAAGGUUUUGAAUCAUGUUCUGGAUACUAUAAAUAAAUCGCGAGAAGAAUGGGAGUCGGAGGCUGGAUCGAGAGGUGGAAUAGGGCAAUCGUCUUCGAUACCUGAUACUCAUACGUUGGUAUCGGUGGUUAGUAUGGGUAAAGGGUUGAAACAAAUGACACCUCCGGGGCCUUCGGGACCUCCUGGGAUGAUGGUACCGCCGGGAGCAGUUCGACCUGGUAGCGUUGGACCAGGACCUCCGCCACCUCCGGGUUCGCAGGGUAGUCCUAUGAAUCCUAAUCCGGGUCAGAUGGGUAUGAUGGGGAAAGCUCAAGCUGGUAUUAAGACUAAUAUUAAGUCUGCGGCGAUGUAUCGUUAAAUAGUAUGUAAUGGUGUAAUUGUAAAGUUUGAUGUAAAAGUGUAAUAAAUAUUAUAAAUGAA